AAUAACAUUAGUUCAAGCCUAUGAUUAUUUAUAUAAUAUGUCAUCAAAACAUUAUAUGAACACUCAAAUGAAGAACAAUGCGUGGAGAAUAAUUGGGACAGAAAUGAAUAAAACAGGUGAAGAAUGUCAGAAAAUAUGGAGUAAUAUACGUAAUAAUUUUAGGAAAGCUCUGAAUAACAGAAAAACAAAGAGUGGUGACCCGUACACAAAGCGACGCCCUAUCAAGUUUGAAAAAGAGCUGGAGUUUUUGAAAAAAUUCAUUCAGCACAGAAAACAAACCUCGAAUUUGGACUCCUCUUCAGAGGAUACGCAGACUUCUUUUGCAGAAUCCGCUGUCGUUGAUAGCGAUGAACGUUCAGUUUCGCGAAUGACCAAUGAUUCACACCAUUCCUCAAUAAUACCAGAACCUACAACAACUGCUGAAAUACUAAAUAAAUAUAUUGAAUCGAAAAAGGAGGUGGACGCCAUUGAUUCGUUCUUUCAAACAAUGGCUGCCACAGUAAAAAAGCUACUAAAAAGAGAGCAGGUCCGAAUAAAGAGACAAAUAUUUAAUAUGGUAACUGACGCCGAAUUAAACUACAUAGAGGGAACUCCAGCUCCAACAUCUGAAGAUGUCUCUACCAAUUUGCAACAUCAACGACCAUGCCGUACCGCUUUUACUUCAAGAUCUGGCUGUGGAACCGCGGCAGGCUUGGGCUAUGAAGCUGUAUCAGGAUCUGGCUAUGAAACCACCUCAAGAUCUGGCUAUGAAGCAGCUUCGGGGUCUGACUUUGGAACCGCCUCAGGCUCCGGUUAUGAAGCAGCUUCGGGGUCUGGCUUUGGAACUGCCUCAGGCUCUGGUUAUGAAGCAGCUUCGGGGUCUGGCUUUGGAACCGCCUCAGGUUCUGGCUAUGAACCUGCUUCACGGUCUGGUUAUGAAACCGCCUCGGGCCCUGGCUAUGAAGCUGCUUCAGGGUCUGGCUACAAAACUGCAGUUUCUGAAUACGAAACUAAUCUAAACUAGUAGGUACUCUAAAUUAAGUAAAAAGAAAUAAAGAUCCAGGAAUUAUCAGUGAGAAGAUUUAUCAGUGCAAAAACAUAAAAAUCGUUAUUAUGUGUCUACAAUUCAUGAUUGUAUUUGGCAAAAAAAAAUGUUUUUUUAAUUAAAUAAAAGAAGAAAAUAUUAAACUUAUACAAUCAUUUAACUGCCCACCUCAAACACAAGGAUAAUCUUUGAUCGGCUUCAAUGGGGUUGCGAAAAUUGGUCCUCUGUUUUUCGAUAUAUGGUCGACAUAUAUUCAACAGUGCUUGAAAUUUCUCAUAAUCCAUUCUAUGAUAGUCAUAAAAUGUUUGC